AUGAAUGGGAGGAAUUCGACCGACGAGAAUCACAAUGAACUGGAAUUGCUUCGUAUUGAGAAUAAAGAUCUCACUGAAAAGCUCGAAACACUCAGGCUCAAGCGAAAGCAGGAUCAUCCGAAGCUGGUCGAAUACGAUAAAAAUGUUGCCGAAUUAAAUGCGCUGCGUGAUUUUAAGACCAAAAUGCUCGAAAGCAACAAACGAUUGCAAAGAACGUUGCAGGAAAAAGAAAAAGAGCUGGGCGAACUGGUGAAGUCGAGCCACGAAAAGGAGGAAUGGGUCACUGAGAUCGAACAUCGCCUCGAACUAAUGACAAUUGAAAAGGAAGUAGCAGAGGAAAAAGCAGAGCUGUUACAGGGUGACAUUGAAGCGGAGAAGCAGCGUGCGCAAAACUUAGAAGAUGAACUGAAAGCACUGCGAAGUCAAAUAGAAAAAACGGGCGAGGAUUUGGCACAGGCUUGCUUUUUACUUUCGCUUCGAGAUUUUUCGAGUCGUAUGACGGAAGACAAGCGAAAAUUGGAACAAGAAAAUGAGAAGUUGAGUGAUGAAACGGCAAAGUUGGUGAAAAUUUGUGAGAAUUUGCAGAAAGACUUACAAACUGCCGAGCAAAACAUCACUACGUUAAGGGAACAGAUUGACGCCAACUUGGAGAGUGAAAAUAUUAUCGAAGCUUUGACGCAAAAAAAUGAUGAAUUGGAGAAGAAAUUGAGCGCGUUGGAAGAAACGGUGGAAGAUUUUGAAUCAAUCCGAACGAUGGACGAAGAAAUUAUUGAAGCACAAAAAGAAAAUGAAAAAGAGCUGAAAAACGAUUUAGAUUUAGCCAAUGGGCGUAAUAAUGAUGCACGUUGUUUUCGUACUUCAUCCAAUUUAAAAUCAAAAUUCUUUCCAAAUUUUACCCUUUUUCCCUCACUCCCGCUUUUUGAGAAACAAGAACUGCCGUGGGUAGAUGGAGGUGUGUCAUUUUGUCAACAGCACCUGAUAACUGACAGUGAUGAUGACGCUCUGUUGUUCCAGAAUUUUCUAAGAGAAAACUGA